AGCAUGUUUCAGCGCCUCAGUUUCAGCCAAGUUGUCGGCAAGAGGAAAUUCUGCAAGUCAUGGUGGGCCAUUCAAAGCAAGAGGGGAGUGACAACCAUAUAGAGAUCUAAGGGAAUAAGUGCGUACUUAGUUGGAAGUGACUGAUGACAGUGGCUGUGUAUGCAUAUAGAAGCAUUCGGAGUCAUUUAUCAGUAAACUCUUGCUGAGCUUGGCGAACUUUGAAAGUGCAUGCUUACAAAUAUAUAAGCUUUGGGUGAAAAAACUUUCUGCACAGACAACAAAAGAGGAUUUAUCUUCACCUUUAUUAGAAGCACAUGACUGUGAAACCAAGCGAGCAUCCUUUUAUCUGGUGUCUGCUUUUGAUUUUCUAUCGUAUGCAAGGCUGACUAUAACCUUAAUUGGGUUUGACAGUUGUUUGUGUGUCAUUUUUUGUUUUUGCUUUUUAGUUCCUUUUUUCUUUUUUGUUCCUUUGCAAAGAAAUGCUUUACUUGAAAAAGUACUUCACAGAGGGUCUUAUUCAGUUCACUAUCCUCCUGAGUCUAAUCGGGGUACGGCUGGACCUGGACACUUAUUUAAACAAUCAGCUCCCCCCAUUCCGUGAGAUCAUCCUGGGCCCAAGCUCGGCCUACACCCAGACACAGUUCCACAAUCUCCGUAACACCCUGGACGGCUAUGGCAUCCAUCCUAAAAGCGUGGACCUGGACCAUUUUUUUGCCACUCGUCGGCUUCUGAACCAGGUGCGCUCCCUGGAUCAUCUGCGCGUGCCCAGCACCGAGCUGAGUGCCUGGCUGGUACAUCGUGACCCUGAGACUGUGGUUUCGGCAACCAGUCAGUCCGGCCCCAGCAUUGCCCUGGACAAUGGGGGCAGCCUGGAGGACGUGAACAACUCCGAAGCCUCGGCCAUGAGAGGAGCUGGCGGUGCUUCUGAGACCACUUACAGCCUCAGUGGAGAGGACAGCCUAGGAGCCGUGGCCCCUGAGGACAGUCAGGAGCAAGGGGAGAGAGAGAGCAGCGACGACCUCUCCAAAGAGGACAUUGACCUCAUAGACAUCCUAUGGAGGCAGGAUAUUGACCUUGGUGCUGGCCGAGAAGUAUUUAACUAUAGCAGUCGACAGAAGGAGAGUGAGGCUGAUAAACCUAAUGAAGAGAACGAAGAGGCAGGUGGAAGAGAGGAAAGCUGGAGAAAUGGACUUAAUCUCCAAGCAGUGCAGAGCCUAACUCAUGUUGAUGGAGAGACAGGAGAGAGCAUACCUGCGGAGCUUACCAGUCUUGGUGCUCAGACUUCAUUAUCCCUGCAGGAAUGUCUGAGGCUUCUGGAGGCCACCUUUCCAUUUGGAGAAGAGCCAGAGUUCCAGGCCACUGGAUCCACCGCACAGCUGAGAGAUACAACCGAGGAAACGCCUUCAACAUCACAAGGGAUCCCUCUUCAAACCCCUCUGUCACAGUCUGAUACACCACUAGAUUUAGAGCAGCAGUGGCAGGAUAUAAUGUCCAUAAUGGAACUGCAGGACAUGGAGGUUAACAACACUGCAGUGAAUGUCACCAUGAACAACGACCCCAAUAACAACAAUGCCAGCACCACCGAAUCAACCACAAUAGCAAGUUUUGGGCUCCCACGGUCCACUCUCAUUAACCAGGAUGUUAGUCUCCACCAGGCUUCGCUUCCCAGCUGCAGCCAAGACUUUCCCACACUCUUCAACCCCGAGCUGGAUUCCACCAAUGUUCAGCGGCCUACCUUAGUCAGGCUCUCUUCUAGCAACUCCUCCAACAUUAAUUCAACCUUCGGAGCUACUAACUUAACCGGACUCUUUCUUCCACCUCCUCUAAAUAGUACUACAAACCUAACCACUACUCCGGUGCUGCCAGAUCCAUUUUCCAGCCUGCUGGAAGAGUCCAUGCUGGAUGAAAUCAGCCUUCUAGACCUUGCAAUGGAAGAGGGUUUCAGCCAAGACCAGGCUUCUCAGCUCGAGGAUGAGCUGGAUUCAGACUCAGGUCUUUCACUGGACUCCAGCCAUAGCCCAGCCUCUCCUAGCAACUCAGAGACGUCCUGCUCGUCGGCCGCGUCGUCUUCAUCCACCUCUGCCACGUUCUCGGAGGAAGGCGCUGUGGGCUACAGCACCGAUUCGGAGGCGGCCACAGCAGAAGCCGAGGAAGGAGCCGUCGGCGGCUACCAACCAGAGUAUAGCAAGCUGUGCCGCAUGAGCUACCAAGAUCCAUCUCAGUUCCACGGCAUACCGCAGUUGGAAAGUGUCAAUCACAACCACACCUACAAUCUACCACUGGCAUCAUCCUACUCUGAGCGCUCUCAGCUGUCUGCAUCCUGCAGCAAGAAAGGCAGAGACAAGCAAAUGCAACAGACCAAGCUCCAGCCACCACAAGACUGCAUUGAUAGGCAGUCUAGCCGUGAUGAACGUAGGGCGAGAGCCAUGGACAUUCCAUUCUCCAAUGACAAGAUCAUUAACCUCCCCGUCGAGGAGUUCAACGAGCUUCUGGCCAAGCACCAUCUCAACGAGGACCAGCUCUCGCUCAUUCGUGACAUCCGCCGUCGCGGAAAGAACAAAAUGGCGGCACAGAACUGCCGCAAACGCAAGCUAGACACCAUCCUCAAACUCGAGCAGGGUGUGCAAGACCUGCAACGUGAAAAGGCUCAGCUGCUGAAGCAGAAGAUGGAAUACUGUAAGUGCAUCAGACAGACGAAGCAGAAAGUUCAAAGCCUUUCCCAGGAAUUGUUCGCACAGCUGCGGGACGAAGAAGGCAGACCCUACUCGGCCAGCGAGUACUUUCUACAGUACGGGCCCGACGGCGUCCUCCUCAUGCCUCGUAACAUGACCACAGAACAAAGCAACAAGCCUGACAAGAAGCAGAAGGACAAAAAGAAGUGAGGAACUCCAACUGUUGCCCUUUUAUUUUCCGCAAAGGCACUACCAUACAAAGUAUUUCGAAAGGCAAAGGAAGCCUUUUUCUUUGAAAUGUUCCUAGCCAGGAGAUGAAAAUUGCAUCAUUGAUAACUCUUCCUGCAUUGGGUUUUCUUUGUUCCUUUUCGGUUCAGAAGUUUUCUCCUGAAAGCGGCAUUAAAGCAGACGUGCUUUAUGUAGUACUGAUUAUUCAUUGGUGUACAGAAAGAUGCGAGCGAGCGGGAUACUUUCAGAUGCCAACUGAAAGAACUGUCAAGAACGUGAGGUCACGGAGGACACCAACAAAAUGUUCUUAAUUGAAAGAACUGUUCGGUAACGCUCCCAAAAAUGUAGUCGAUGACAAUACACCAUACUAAGAUGACAUUGACCGAGAGGAUGCAAAAUUGGUUACGUUUUCAGCAUUAGCCCAUGCUGUGUGUUUGUGCUUACCCUGGGAUUUCAUUGGUGGGUGAGGAAGAGCCCCUGAGAGUUGGUAGAAAGAGUCAAAGCCAAAAGAAACUACAGGCAUGCCAAUACUAACCAAAGGUUGUGUUGUGCCGUCACGUUGUUCCCAUAACGAAUCAUACAGGUCACCCCGUGGAUCCAAAUUCACGUUUUCACUUGAAAAAGAACAAAAUAAGUUCGUUAGUCCUUCUCUGGAGGGUCAAUGCCAUUUGCCAAGGAACUUGGACGGUGAAACAAAUAGCGCUAAAGAGUGAGUUUGAAUUAGCUUUGUCUUGAUGAAAGCAUUGGAGGAUGGAAACACUGCAUUAUUACUAAUAAAUCAGCUUCUGUACCCUUUUCAGCACUGUAAAUCAACACUGUAGUUUGCCUAUAAGCUUUUUUCCUCUUCUGCUGGGGAAAGGGUCUCUCAGGCCUUCCUGUCAGCUUUUAAUGUAACUCUCUCCCAUGUGCAUAAACUUUUUAAUAAGCCAUCAGACAUGGACACCUGAGUGGCAUCAGUACAGUUUGCUCCUGAAUAAUAUGAGUGAGUCUUGGGAUUGAAACGAACCGAGUCAUUUGCUUUUAAAGUUCAUGAUGUUUAGCCUUACGCCGGUGGCUUUUGUCUGUUGCAGUGGAGGAGCAUUACAAGAAGCUUUUGUUACAGUUGUAUCAUUUGAAAAAGGAAUACAAUUCUCACCAGAAUAUACAGUUAGUAGCAGGCAUAGAUCAUCAUUACAUUUAAACUACAAGUUCUCAUUAGCUGGGUCAGUGUCUUAGCUUUGAUGUGACGUGAACCUGACUUUUUUUUUCUCUUUUUUUUUUUUGUUUACCCAAUACACUACUUUCAGUACCUUCAUUGCUAAUCGAGUGAAGCCAUGAAUGGUCUCCUGGCAAAAUAAAGCAGUUAAGCUUGUGCCAAUAACCAACUGGAUCGUGCUUUACUGCAGCCUGAGGAUACAGCUGACCUUAUACACUGACAUAUCAAUGAAUGGGUAGAAAAAAAAACAGUAACACUGGUGUGAAUGUCUAAUUUACAUGUUCAUUUUCAUCCUCUUCUGUCAGUCUCUGUCGUUUCCAUCUACACUGUUCGUAUAGCACCAUGAGACACAGUCAGUGUCCGUUUUGGUGUGACAUGAAUAAAUAUGCAAGACAUGGUAAUUGUCUCAGAAAUGGAAAAGAGACAAUCUUUAUGUUACUGGUUACAAAUACAUAGCGUAGCUGGUGUAGAGAUAAUGAAAAAAGAUGGGCGAUUCAUUCACCUUGAAUCCCUCUUACAAUGUCAUAACUACUUGCCAUUAAGCACUGUUGGUUUUUGUUCGUCUUGUUCGGUUUGUAAAUAUUUUUGUGUUCUGUAUGUCUCUUGUCCUAAUUGCUUGGUUUAGCCAGGCGUUUUUGCACCUUCUUUGAAUUUGCCUGUUCAGAGUAUUCCUAUAUGAUUUGUGUUGAGAGAUUUGCUGGCAAUCUGGAAUUGUUCUUUUAUUAAUUAUAAUAAACAUUUGUUUCAUUUC